AUGGCUACUGUAUGGUGUUUUAAGGCAGAGGAAGUGAAGUCUAGAAAUAGAUUCUCACGGUCUGAGACGAUGAGAAGAAUUUCACAGAAUUUGUGUUUGAAAAGAGGGACAUGGAGUCCUGAUGAAGAUCAUAAGUUGAGAGCUUAUAUUAACAGACGUGGCAUUUGUAAUUGGAAUGAGAUGCCGCAAGCUGCUGGUUUGUUAAGGUCAGGGAAGAGUUGCAGGCUUCGUUGGAUGAAAUAUCUAAGGCCGGAUAUAAAGCGUGGAAAGUUUAGCAAGGAAGAAGUGCGGACAAUAAUCAAGCAGCAUGAAAAGUUAGGAAAUAGAUGGUCUGCAAUCGCAGAAAAAUUGCCUGGAAGAACAGAUAAUGAUAUAAAAAAUUACUGGAACACCCACUUGAAGAACCGCAUGUACAACAACAUCAUUAAUACUGCAGUGCAAGCACCUAAAGUGCAAGGAGUGCCACUAUCUAAAGAAGAAUCCAAGAAAAGGAAAUCAUCUGACAAUAUUGAUGCUUCACUUCUCACUGCUCCAAAAAUAUUGAAUUCAGAAGAGUACUCCUCCAAGGGGUUCCCCAUGUCACCAAUUCAGUCUGCUUCUAAUUUCUCAUCAAGCUCUAGUUUUGUGAGUGACUUCAACGAAAGCCAGAACUCGUCUGGUCUGGAGGAGGAGAAUCCUGGAUUACUUGAAUCUUUUGGAGAAUUUCGUUUGUGGGGGAGCCAUUUUCAAUUGAAGGUCAAAUGUGCAAGGUGGAUGAUUAUGGGGAAACAUACACAGAUGAAAUGUGGAUCCAAGAGUUGUUGUACUAUCCAAAUGCUUCCCCAAAUUUUGAUGCUGGCGAAAAUUUUUGGAUGGAUUGUUUGA